GAACAAGAUGGACGACAGAACAGUAGAUUUGAUAUUUUCCGGCUCCUUGGAGAGCCUACCUCCUGUCAGUUCAAAAAUUGUCAGGAUAUUUACAAGUUCUACGUUCACAGAUACAACAAUGGAGAGAAACACGCUGAUGGCCCAAUGCUAUCCCAAAUUGAAAGAUUUUUGCAGAGAAAAACACGGGCUCGAAUUUCAAGUGGUAGAUAUGAGGUGGGGUGUCCGAGAUGAAGCUACAGACGAUCAUAUGACAACAGAGCUCUGCAUGAGAGAAAUAGCUAAUUGUCAGAGAUUGUCAAUGGGUCCAAAUUUUGUAGUAUUUUUAGGACAAAAAUAUGGAUACAGGCCCAUUCCAACAUAUAUAUUGUCUUCUGAAUUACAAAUGUUGAGGGAUGAAUUAGCUAGCACAGGAACGGAUGUGAUAUUGCUUGAUACAUGGUAUAGGAAGGACAGCAAUGCAGUGCCACCAAUAUCAGUUCUGCAACCGAUUUCAUCAAUUUUAGUAAAUUUCAAUAAUAAGAGGAUUCCAAAACUCCAACAACAUGAUCAAGCUGUUUGGUGGGACACUCUUGGAAAGAUGCAGAAACUGUUGCGUAAAGGUGCUCAAAGCUUAUAUAACAGUGGGAAAAUGUCAAAAGAUGCUACACAUAAUUAUUUUAUGUCUGUCACUGAAAGGGAAGUCAUCAAUGGUAUUCUGAGUGUCAAAAAUACAAAAAAUCAUUGCUUAGCAUACGUCAGGAUAAUAAAUAAUAUUAACUUACAAAAUCUGAAGAAGGCUUCAUUAUUUAUAGAUAUAAUUAACAGGAGUGUUGACUCGGAGGCUGUAAGGCUUUUAGCUAACCUCAGAGAUGAAAGACUGACAGAUAAAAUUGAAACAACAAAUUUCCAAAAGUACACUGUUGAGUGGAUAGGUAGGGAAGGUCUGGAUCCUGAAACACAUGAAGAAUACCUUAAUCAUUUUAUUACACAUUUUUAUAAAAAUAUUACAAAAUUAGUAGAUCGUGCAAUGCGAAAGGAGGAUUCAAGUCCACAAGGACAGAUCGUCACAGAAAUAUUACAGCAUCUUCAUGCAUGCAACAGUUCUGUACAGGUGUUUUAUGGACGGGAAGAAGAAUUAGAAAAAAUUGAACAAUACAUGAAAGGUAACUCCAAUAAACCGAUGGUUCUCUAUGGUGAGGGAGGUUGUGGCAAAACCUCAUUAUUGGCUAAAUCUGCAGGAUUAACAGGAACAGAGUGGUUCAAAGGUGCAAAGCCUGUUUGCAUUAUCCGGUUUUUAGGUACAACACCAGACAGUAGUGCACUUACACCUACACUCAUCUCUAUUUGUCAGCAAAUAUGUUAUAAUUUAAUGCAACCUUAUGAUGAUAUACCAGAUGAUAUUGUUCCUCUGACAGCUCACUUCAAGAAUUUGUUGACAUGCGCUAGUGAAAAACAGCCGUUCAUAUUCUUUUUAGAUUCAGUAGACCAAUUAACAGGUACUCAAGACACCAAUCAUGUUUCCUGGAUACCAACCCGUUUACCCCCACAUUGCAAACUCAUUGUUUCCUGUGCUUCUGAAGCUGAUAAUCCUGAAGUCUCCAAGGACUACCAUAUUCUUAGAAAGAUGAUAGACGAUGAGGAACAGUUUAUAGAGGUCAGAGCUCUUGGGGAAGAGUUAGCUAUGCAAGUCAUAAGGAUGUGGAUGAAAACAGCAAAACGUGACCUUUCAAAUUAUCAGUGGCGAUUAGUAUCAAAUGCUAUUGAUAAAUGCUCUUUACCCAUUUUUGUAAAACUGGUUUUUGCAGAAAUUUGUCGGUGGCGUAGUUAUACAAAACCUUCUGACACUCAUCUUGCAUCUACGGUUAUGGAUUCAAUCAUGAUGUUAUUUGAAAGGAUUGAGAAACAGCACGGAAGGAUCCUUGUCUUUCAUGCCUUGGCAUAUAUAACUGCUGCAAAAAGUGGAUUGAGUGAGUCAGAAUUAGAAGAUCUGAUUUCACUUGAUGACAAGGUCUUAGAUGAUGUCUACCAAUAUCACUUGCCACCAGUCAGAAGAAUACCACCUUUACUUUGGACAAGGAUUCGUAAUGACUUACCGAAUUAUUUAUCAGAAAGAGAAGCCGACGGAGUAAGUGUAAUGAACUGGUAUCACAGGCAGUUUAGAGAUACAGCUAAGGAAAGGUAUUUCAAGAACAUGAACAUGGCUAUUUAUUUUCAUUCUUCAAUAGCUGAUUAUUUCCUGGGAAUAUGGGGAGGUGGCAAACCCAAACCAUUUAAAUAUACUGAAAUUCAACGACACAGAUUUAAUCUGACUGAUAAGGAAGGUGCUGCUGAUAGGAAAGUACCAAUUCAACCCUUGGUUUUUCAUUCAAAAGAUGGAAAAGUUUCAAGAUAUAAUUUAAGAAAAUUUGGAGAAUUACCUUUUCACCUCGUCAGAUCAAAAAGAUUCACUGAUCUUUAUGAAAAUGUUUUAUUUAAUUACCAAUGGCUUCAUGCGAAACUCAGUUCCUGUCCACUCCAAGCAGUAUUGAGUGAUUUUGAAGAUGCAUGUGCCAACAUUGAAGAUCGUGAUAUCACUAGAGAGUUAAUGUUAGUUGCUGAUGCACUUCGUCUUGGAGGAGCUAUUCUUAGUAUAUAUCCAGACAUGCUGGCACCUCAACUUGUCGGCCGACUACUUCCUGAAAUUGGAAUGAAUCCGAAUAUUAAAAUGCUUUUAAAUGCCUGUGAUUUAGAAGGUCCAGGAAAUUGUGCUUUAUCCCCUCUCUAUCAUUGUCUACAUACUCCAGGAGGACCUCUGAAAUAUUCACUGGAAGGACAUCAGUUUGCUGUAUUUGAUUUCAAAUUGACAUCAGACUACAGAUACAUUGUAUCAAUUUCAAAUCGUUUUAUAACAUGGGACUUAUCGACAAGUGAUAUGAACAGAGAUGUGAAUCCUGGCCUGGAAGGCAUUAUGCAACGACUUUAUCUCAGUCCUGAUAACAGAUAUGCAGCUGCUUUUACUAAUAAUAAUCAGUCAGUUCUGCUGAACACCUUGAGCAGUGAAUAUGUUGUCAUUGACAAUCCACUUCCUGAAGGUGAAGAGGUAGCUGGGUUAUUUCUCCUUAAUCAACACUUUUUUAUCCAUGGCUCAUCUAACUGGUGCAGGUUCGACAUGAGAGGAGAGCUAAUAGCUAAAUAUACAAGCAUGGAGAAUCCUACUGAGUGGCCAGUUUUCUCAAUGGAAUAUAAAACAUUGGAAGACUAUUUAUUUCUCUUUUGGAGUGGUAAUUUAGAUGAUCCUAGACUUCUUUUAAAUACCAAAAGGCCUUAUGGAGAUUUAAGCCCUCUUCAAUUUCACAGUGCAAUGGUACUAAACAAAGACUGGAAUACAAUAUAUUGUUGUACCCAACCAGGAUCUUAUCAAGUUAGUAAAUUUACUGCAGGAGAUGGUUCGACCUCUUGGCAACUAGAGACACAUUUUGUUUCACCAUAUGAUGAAGUUAAUGAAAUCCUUUUACAACUCAAAUUGGACAAAGAGGAAAAAACUUUGCUUGGCACUUCAUAUAAUGGUUUCAUAAUCUGGGAUCUGGAAAACAAUUCUGAUAGUAAAAUGCUAAAGCUACCUCAUGGAAUAAGAAAUAUUUCAACAAGAGUAUUAAGUUCAAAUUCAUUCAUGAUUUCUGCUUCAGGUGACUUCGCAGUCGCUGGUGUAAGGAAAAAUCUUUAUGUGUGGGAUUUACAAACAUGUGAGCUAGUUAAAAUCCUUGAUGCACAUUUCGGAAGAAUAAUUUCUCUAGAGCCUCUCACAAUUGGGAAUUGGAAUUCAGUAAUAACAUCUUCUAUUGAUAGGUCUGUAAAAGUAUGGAACAUAAACAAUAUAUUUGAACAAGUGCAUGUAAUUGACAGACAUGAACUUCCAAUAGAUUCAAUAAGUGUAUGCCAAGAGGUUGGGCUUGCAGUAACUGUUACUCGAGGAUGUGUUGGUGUCUGGGAUAUGCUUGUGGGCCAUUUGAUCUCUCAACUUGCUGAUAGUCCGUUGGGUGCAAUUGUAACUCAUGCACUCAUCACACCAAAUGGAAAAUAUAUCAUAUCUGCUGAAUCAGGUAAUUUAUUAAUUUGGAAUCGCAUUACUGAACAAGUUAUUUUCAAGGAAGAACAGCUUGGCAUUAAACAAUUGAUACUUUUGGAAGAUGGUACAAAGGUACUAGCGAUGUCUAAGCCUGCUGUUUCUGGAGCAGACGCUCCUCCCAAAAGUACUGCUUAUGGAAUUUUAAGAUCUAUUCCAAGUGGCAACACAAAUUAUACUUUUGAAUACCCCGUAAGAAAUGUGACUGGUGUUAACUUCAAAGAGAUAGUUUUGACUUGCGACCUUCAGAAUAUUGUAGCUCUUGCUGCUGAUAAGGGUGCACAUCGGGAAGCUCUUCAUGUUUUCAAUGUCAAAACAGGUCUAUGUACAAGCAAGAUUUCCUUAAAAGUACCUGGUGUUAGGGAUGUUAGUUCUCUCGUUGCAAUGCCUCAAAAAGCCACACAUAUGGCUUUAGUUGAAAGUGAGAAAGUUGUUGUAUAUGAUAUUAAAAACAAAAAGGUUGUAAGAACUGUUCCUAAAUGGGGAGGAAUAUGCACAAUGGACGGAAAAUAUGGAUUAUACGCUCCAACCAGGGGAGGUCUGGAACUUCUAGAAUUGAAAAGAGGUUCAACUGUUAAAACAUUCAUUCCAAGAGUUGCUGAGGGUGUAUUUACUGUUAUAUGUAUGUUUAAUAGAACUGAUGAAUAUGUGCUUUAUUAUCAUAGUGGGAAAAAGACAAUUCGUGUUUUCAGGACCUCUGAUGCAGAGAUGAUUGCAAAUUAUAGAGUUCAGGCUGAACUGACAGCUAUCGAAAGUACAGAGGAUGGUAGAUGCAUUAUUUUAGGAACUAUAGAUGGUUGUCUUUCAGUUCUAGCUAUUGCUGAUAAUGAAAAAUCUGAAAUGAAAGAGUUUUUGGUGAAGCUACCUUCUAGAGAUGUUAAGUGGAAAAAGAAAAUGGAAAAAAUGAAAGCAUCAAAGAAGUUUCGAGCUGCUGGAGCUAUUGCCCAAGUUUGCAUUCAGUUGUAUGAUUCUGUUACAAAUGACUCUAAUGAAGAUGAAGAUGAUUAA